GAGCUAAAGCUAGAUUACCUGCGAUGCUAACAAACAAGCUAACUAGCGGAGCUAGCUUCUUAGCUAGCAGCCGUGGACGUUUGGCGCUUUGUCAACAAACAAACAAGGAAGCAAACAGUGGAUAUAAUACAACACGGACAUGGACGAGUUCAAAAAGGAAAACAAGCUCCGGCCAUGAUGCUGCAGUCCAGGAUGGUGGAGUUGGUCUACGGGACAAGAGUUUCCCUGGAGGCGCGGCUUAAGGACAUCGAGGAGCCACCAUAACAGCGAAUUAGCGAUGGAUUACUAUGAGUAUCUGAACUUCUCUUUCUGGAACCAAACGAACGGCUCAGAGCCUGAAGAUUAUGACUUGUCCUCUGACUGGUGUGAAGCCGGCGAGGAGGAGUUCUUCAUCAAAAUGUUCCAGACCUGCGUUUUCUGCCUGAUCUUCCCGCUCGGCAUCGUGGGAAACUGCCUGGUGAUCGCCACCUUCGCCCUGUACCGCCGCCUCCGCCUUCGCUCCAUGACCGACGUCUUCCUGUUCCACCUGGCGCUGGCUGACCUCCUGCUGCUCCUCACGCUACCCCUGCAGGCUGUCGAGACCCACAUGGGUUGGAUCUUCUCGGUUCCCCUCUGCAAGCUGAUGCGAACCUGCUACGCCAUCAACACCUACAGCGGGCUGCUGCUGCUCGCCUGCAUCAGCGUCGACCGCUACAUGGUGGUGGCUCGAGCUCAGGAGAUGCUCCGGUUUCGCAGUCAGAUACUGACAGCCGGGAAGUUGGCUGCCGUGGGGGUCUGGCUCGUCGCAGUGCUCCUGAGUCUUCCUGAAAUCCUCUUUUCUGGGGUGUCGGGGUCCGGCAAUGAAGCUUACUGCGGCAUGCAGAAGAGCGGACUGGUCAAGAAGGUCACCAAUGGCGCCAUCAUCGGCAUCUUCUGCCUGUCGCUCCUCACCAUGGUAACCUGCUACACUUCGAUUGCCCGGGUGCUGUGGGAAGGUCACGCUAACCGCCGGGGGAAGCAGUGGCAUCGGCAGCGCACCCUGAAGCUGAUGGUGGCACUGGUGCUGAUCUUCCUGGUGUUCCAGCUGCCGUACACCGUGGUGCUGUUGCGUAAAAUGGCGGGUCAGUUCUGUGGCUUGGUGCUGGAGUACAUCACCUGCACGCUGGCGUUCGUCCGCUGCUGCCUCAACCCAAUCCUGUACGCCCUGGUAGGCGUUCGUUUCCGUAAAGACGUGCUCAGGCUCAUCCAUGAUUCGGGCUGUUCGUGCGGUGGCCAUCCUGGGCCGCAGACGUCGAGCUCCACUUCGAUCUCCGCCUCGUCGCCGGCCUUCAUCUCAGCUCCAAUGUCUCCUGAACGCAGCUACUCCAGCCAAGACACCAUGAUCAAGUUCCAGUUUCCAGCAGUUAAAUAAAGUUCGUGAAGAGGACGAUAAACCACUUUUUGUGAAGAAUCUGGGUCAUAAUAUUCAAAAGUCUUGAUGUUACUGAGUUUUAGAACUGAAACGAUUAAUUAGUUGUUAUAUACUAUUUUGAUAAUUGAUUAAUCGGUGUGAGUAAAGAAAAAGGUCAUCUUCGUAAACGGAAAUAUUGUCUAGCAGGUGAUGAAUAAAGUAAUAUUAAUAAAAGGAACUUUAACAGGAGGCUUCAACUAAUCUUAGUUUCUCUAUUAACUGUUCUUUAAAACUCUGGAAAAAAGCAGCAAAUUGUCAUGUUUAAAUCAUAAAAUCAUCAAAUAUUGGUGGAUGAAAAGUCUCUCCAAUGAUUGAUUUUUAGUAAUUAAUCACUAUUUUGGUGGUUGAUUAAUCGGUGUGGGUCUGGAAAAAGGUCAAAAUCUCUGAAUCCAUCUUUGUAAACUGGAAUAUUGUCCAGGAAUAUUGGUUGAAUAUUUUUUCAACAUAAUAUUGAAAAAAUAUUCAACCAAUGAUUAUUUUAAUGUCAGUCGGUUUCUCUGUUAAUUGUUUGUUCUAUAAAACUCCAGAGAACAGCAGCAAAUUGUCAUGUUUCGAUCCUGAAGUCAGCAAAUAUUUGGGAUUUGUGGAUGAAAAGUGUCUCACAUGAUUCAGAUUUUAGCGCAGAAUGUUGUUGUCAGAUCAAACCGAUUGACCAACGGUUAGUCAAGAAAAAAAGGUAAAAAAAAAACCUAUGAAUUAGUUUAUGUUCAUUUAUCACAGUCUGGUCCUGACAUAAACUUUUAUGUUCUAGUUUUUGACAUCCUCUGUGGCAAAUGUGGUUUUUUUUUUGUUUUUGGGCGAUAGAAAUUAUUCCUUGAAUUAACUUGAACCUGGAUAGAAUAUACCUGCUUCUUUUAGUCAUUACUAGAGCUGCACAAUUAAUGGAAUGAGUGUAAACAGUUAAAUUUAUUCCCAACUGUAAUUUUUGUCAAGAAACGUCAUCAAAAUCCUCUGAAUCUGAGUCUGAACUGUCGAACAAGAACUGUCAAAAAACUCCAAAUGUCUUGUUUUGUUUCACCGAAAACACCCCAAAAUAUUCAAUUUCAGUCACUAUAUGGGACAAAGAAAAGCAGCAAAUUGGCAAAUACUCGACAUUUUGUCCAUUACUUUUGUGCUGGGUGCUAGAGAAUGUCAGUAUUUGUGUGCGUGCUUGUUGGUUUGCAUAAUUUAAUUUAAGGACACAAUGACGACUCUCAGAGGCAUGAAAGGUUUAACUUUGUGGGUAAUUAUACAUUACUCUGGUAAUAAUUAAGCAUCCUUGAGUGUUGAUGAGACUGUGUUAUCACUUGAAAUGUCUUGAAAAUCGCUAUACAAGUAAUAUACAUUAUCAUUUACCGCUAAAGCACAAUAUCAGUUGACAUUUCAGUGGCUCAAAUGUAGUAUUUUCAGCUAAUCUCAAGGGCUUAUAAAGGGAAACAGUGAUGUGUCGGAGGUCAAAAUCCUGAAAAAAAUUGUUCCAGGAACAUGCAUGUGGGAUAUUUAGACACGCUUAAUCGCAAUUUACUGUAUGACUGCACAGGUUUACCCUCAGGUUGCACCUAAAUGCGUACGUGUUUGUAAAUAUUGUGUACAUAGAGAGACACUGAUGACAUAUUUAAAUGCUUUUAUAUUGUCUGAACCCUGAAUAUAUAUUUACAAUAAAUACAAGCUCAUUUGCUUUUAGUUUUUUUUUUAUAUCAAGAUGGCUUUUGUGAGCGCUAUAAACAUUUCCAGGCACAUUUCACAGCAUGAAGCAGCCUGUUAGUUUGCUUCUAUUUAUUGUAACGCAACAAUGAAUAACUUAA